AUGAUCUCCCGAUCUUUAUUUCCUCGACUAUCCUUCAAUAAAUACUUCCGUUUAGGGCCAACAGCAAAGAAAUGGUUUUCUUCUGCCGCUGAGAAUGGUUUUAUCAUUGAUGAAUUGCAUCCAUCUUUGAUCAAGAGAGUGGUGAAAUAUGUUGAUGAUAUGCACUCAUUAGAGGCUUUGCUCUCUCAAGGUGAGAGUUUCGAUGAGACUACGCAGAAGAGGUAUGCGAAAGUGUCUUUUAUUAAAGAUAUGUACGAAAGAUAUCAGCAGCAACUACAGGGACUGGAAGAGCUGCAGGAGCUCAUAGAAGAAGACCCAAGUUUGAGAGAUGAGGCUGAGAUAGAGUUCACCAGAUUAUUACCAGAUUUGAAAGGCACAUCCAAUGAAUUACUGAACAGACUAAUACCUCCACACCCCUUCGCGGAAAAACCCUGCAUAUUAGAAUUAAGACCUGGGGUGGGCGGUAUUGAAGCAAUGAUAUUUGCGCAGGAUCUGCUGAAUAUGUACACAGGCUAUGCUCACAGCAAGAGAUGGAAGUACCGUAUAAUUUCGAAAAACGAGAACCAAAGUGGAUCCGGUAUCGUUGAUGCGAUUUUAAGUAUUGACGAGCCUGGAUCAUAUGAUCGGUUGAAAUAUGAAGCCGGUGUACAUAGAGUCCAAAGAGUUCCAGCUACAGAAACUAAAGGAAGGACACAUACUUCCACGGCAGCUGUUGUCGUCCUUCCCCAAAUGGGUGAUGAUAAGGAAGUAGACUCCUUUGAACGAACAUUCAAGCCAGAUGAAAUUAGAAUUGAUGUUAUGAGAGCAAGUGGUAAAGGUGGCCAGCAUGUGAAUACCACUGAUUCGGCGGUGAGAUUGACUCAUUACCCUUCGGGAAUUGUCAUAUCCAUGCAGGACGAACGUUCUCAACAUAAAAACAAAGCCAAGGCAUUUGCAAUAUUGCGUUCCAAACUGGCCGAAAAAGAGAGAAAGGAAAAGGAGGACAAGGAACGUUCAGCAAGAAAAGACCAGGUCAGUACAAUAGAUCGAUCAGAUAAAAUUCGCACUUAUAAUUACCCGCAGAACCGUAUAACAGAUCAUAGAUCUGGAUACAAUUUGCAUGAUAUGGAAGGAAUUAUGUCAGGGGAGAGACUUGACGAGGUCAUCGAUGCGAUCCAAAAAUUUGACUGUGAUUUGAAAGCAAAAGAACUUUUGAGUGCAGAUUGA